UUAUACGAGGUUCAUUUGCUUAGAUACAAAAUGGCGGGUUGUUUUCGUGUUUCUGCAACGGAAAUUUAAUGGAACCAGUAAUGGAAAUAAAAUAAUUAUCGCCGUCUUGACGUAUUGUUUAUUCACGCAUUUUGAAAAAACGAAUAUUUCUAAAGAGAUUUAACUUGAUGCUGGUUUCACCCUUCCUACACAUCACGAAGAAACAAGUUGAAAUGUCUUGUUGUUAGAAAAUAAACAGUCAACACAAAAUGUCAGACCCUCGUUCAACUAAAGAAGAUUAUUUGAAAGUCGUCACUGAGCUGAAAAAGGAUGUAAACAAAGAAAUUGUACUCAUGUUGAAGAGCGCCGAAGAUGAGCAUAUGACUGAACCAAUCUAUGAUUUCAAGCUAAAACUCAAUGGAAACAAGAAGAAUGAAAGAAAUGAAAUGUAUAGGAAGAGACUUGUUGAUGAGGAUGUUGACAUUCUGUUUCAAACAUUGAAAUCUAACUCAUUUGUGAUUGGUUUGGAUCUUGGGUAUAACAACAUUGGAGAUACUGGAGCAGAAAUACUUAGUAAACUGCUGCAGGAAACACUGGUGCUGCAAUCACUUAUUCUAAGCUACAAUGAUAUUGGUCCAGAAGGAGCUUGUGCAUUGGCUAAGGGAGUGCAGGUAAACGAGACCUUAAGAGUUUUAAAGUUGAAUGGGAAUAAAAUUGGAAACAAAGGAGGCCUGGCACUAGCUGGUGCUUUACAAGUAAACACUGUCCUGGAAGAUAUUGAUUUGGCAGAGACAGACAUGAAGAAUGAAACCGUGAUAGCCUAUGCGACCGUGUUUUGUCACAAUGGUGCAAUGAAAUAUGUCAAUUUGGACCGGCCCUUGUACACGAGUAAGCAGGAGGAAACGACAGUGCAUCUUGCUAACAUGCUGAAGGUAAACAGUCAUUUGCGUGAACUUCAUUUGUCGAAACAUGAUAUUCGCAACUUUGGAGCAGAGAGGCUUGCCGAAAACCUGGCAUUCAAUGUCUCUCUGACACAUCUUGAUUUGAGAGCGAAUCGGAUAUCUAGAGACGGUGCAUACUGCUUAGCCAAACUUCUCAAGGAGAACACGCCAUUAGAACACUUAAACCUUGCAUACAAUCGCAUUGAAGAUCAUGGUGCAGUCUAUCUAAGUGAAGCACUGGCAACUGCUAACAGCAACCUAACUACCUUAGUUGUCCGAGGCAACACAAUAAAUGGCAGGGGACUUUGUGCGUUGGCGAAAGCACUAGAAUCGAAUCAGACGUUAAAGCGAAUUUAUAUCUGGGGGAACAACAUGGAACGGGAUGCGUGCCAGGCGUUUGCGGACCUUCUAGCUGGUGUCGUGCCUCGAAUCAAUGCAAGUGAUGCUGAUGUGGAAGCUUAUUUUGUAGAUGAUGCUCCGUAUUUGGCAGAGGUUGACUGUCCCUAUUGAGACAUGUUUGAACAUUGGAGCCAUGUUGUUCUUGUGAAAAGUGCAACCUUGCAUUUUCACUUUCCGUGGUUGCAAAGCAGUUGUUUUAUAUUCAAUUUCGUCAAUAGAAUUAUUUUGUUUUGUGUUA